GUUACUACAAAACAAGCAAAACCCGACCCAAAUCACAAAUCCUGAAACCAAAAACCAAAAACCAAAUCUUGAAACCAAGUCUUUGAACUAACAAUGAUGAAGUCAGUCUUGCUUCGUCCUUGUCCUUCUUCUACGCUUCUCUUCAAAUCACACACAGAAGCUCACCCUCAAAAAAUGGCUUCCACUGUUCGUUGCUCUUCCAGAAACCAAGCUCACAUUCCGAAGCUCGAGCCCUUCAGCCGCUCCAAGUUGGACCGCGCCAUUCAAGGCCCUACCCUGAUCGAAAAGUGCGAGAACGAGCUCUCUGAUUACUGUUCGACUCUUGAAGGAGACGAGUCUUAUGGUUGCUGGAGGGCCUACUUUGAGCUCAAAGAUCUCGAGAAAGAGACGCCGAAAGGAGAUGUGGAGAAGCUGAUUUUGCAAGCAGGGGGGAUAAAGUCAUUAGUGGGGUGUUUGCAUGGAAUUGCUGCAAUGCAAAAGGGGAAGACGUAUGGAUUCAAUUCAGCAAAGCCAGUGGAAGAAGUGAAAGCAGGGGAGAGGCUGUGUCCUAUACCUGAUGGGUUGCCCAAGUCAGCUGCCGAGCUAGAGGAAGAAGAGAAAUCAAAAAUGCCCGAUUCGGCUUUCACGAGGCUUCUCAGGAUCAAAGGGACUCAUCCUGCUUGGUAUUCACUGGCCCCCGACCAUGAAACAGAUUGAUGGCUUUGUCAAUUUUUGUGAACCAAGCUUGCAUAUGUUACAUUAUUUUGGGUGUGUAUAUAUAUGUAGGAUUAGGGGUUAAGAUGGUGUAGUAGUGGUGUUUGCAGCCUUAAAGGUUUGGUUUUAAUUCCCAUCAACUCUUGUAUGAUUUUUUUCAUGAAGCUGAAUGAAUAAAAAAUUUCAAGAGGUUGAUC